AUGAUCCGCGUCGUCAGCCUCGUCGACUUUGACGGCCGCAAUGACGUGUGGCUGGAAAGCAACCGCCUCUCAUGGGAGGGCAAGACGCUCAUGUGCUAUUUGGGGCCCACGAAGCUGGCAACCGUGACCACCUCUUCCAAAGUUGCCAUCUGGAGCCUGGCUGCCAGCAGGCUCAGCGCCGUCAUCUCCGCCCACACAUCACAUGACGUCACCGUCAGUGCGUUGGAGUGGUCGGCGCCAACGCAAGAGCUGGCGCUGUGCACGUCCAACAAGCGAGCAACGCUCAUUGAUCCACGUGCAGGCAAACCCACGUCCAGUUUCAAGCUCGACUCCGUGCCCACACAAUUCAAGUUCAACUCGCUUUCGCAGUACCAGUUUGCAAUUGGCAUGGCCAACGGGAUGGUGCUGGUGGCCGACCGUCGGCAGACCAAGCCCUCGCUCUUCGAAUGCCUCGGCCAAAUCAGAUCCAUCGACUGGUCACCCGUGCAGGCCAACUACUUUGUCGCUGGAUCACGCUCACACGGAUACAAUGUUUCCUUCUGGUCGACAGAGCACUGGUUGCAGAAGCACCACCAGCCCAACGGCCACUGCUCAGACCUGGGUGCAUUUCGUCGUGUCGUGUACACCCCAUGUGGACAGGGCAUCUUCACAGAGGUUGCACGCGCCGCUUCAAAGCACGAGUCGCCGCAACUUGUGCUGCGUAUGCGCGGUCUGACGCCGACCAACUCGGCGCAGCUCUUCAAGAGCUCCCCCGUCGUCACCUCCCCGCUCUGGUCCCUCAAGGGGCAGACAAGCUUUACGUUCACGUCGAUGGUUCCGCCAACGGAACACGACGCCAGCGCGCACGCCGCAAAGAAGUUUGUGGCCACGCGCUGCAGCUCAGGCAUCCACGUUGUUUCAAUCCCCAAAAUCUCCACGCAACAGCUGCUUGAGAAGUGCGAGAUUGUCGUUGGCGGUGGUGGUGGUGGUGCGACCACAGACGACAAAGGCGGUGACCGUCACCAUCGUGCUGCUGCUCGCCACGGUGACGGUGGUGAAGACGAGGGUGAAGACGAGGGUGAAGACGGUGAAGACCAGGUCCAAUGCUCCAACAUCCUCAUCGACAGGCAACUGUCGCAGCUGAGAUCCGAUCACCCGAGCAACACGUUCAUGUGGGACGCAAAGACACGAACCUGCACCGGCAUCUUGCGCGUAAGCGACUACGAUGCCGAAGACGACGACGACGAAGGCAACGAUGCCAACGGCGGUGAUGUUGGCAGCAGCAGCGGCGGUGGUGGUGGUGGUGGGCGUCGGCGCGGUGGCGGUGAUGAUGAUGAUGGUGCCGGGAUGAAGCUGUUUCAGUCGCCAACAGCGCGCAGCAGCCGGUCGUCGAGCCGGGCGGGUGUGUCGACGGCCACGGCGGCCAGGCUGAGGCGCCUCAACCGCAAGAUGAUGCGGGAACAGGAGCGGGAGCGCGGCCGUGAGAGGCGGCGUGCAGAGGCGAAGGAGAGGGCAGAGAGGACAGAGACCGAUGCAGCGCCACGCUACAUCACCGUCCAUCUUGCCAUUCCGCACAACUACCCCGUCGAGCGCCCGGCCAUUCGAAUUGAGGAGGUUCCGCUGCGCUAUCGCAGUGUUCAACAGCGAAUCAUCGAGCGCCUGGAUGACGAGAAGAAAGAGGACUUGGCGGCCCUGUCCGGCUGCUUCAACAUCGCCGUGCGCAUAUACAAGGAGGUGAAGGCGCACCUUGACAGCAAAGUGGCGAAUGUGCCAAUGCGGCGCUGCGGUGCAGUCUUUGACGCGCGUGGUCGACUUGCCGUCUUCCACAGCCACCGGGUGCGUCUGCUUGAUGCACGCCCGACGUGCAAUCUUCACGUGGAAUUUGGCCUCAACUACACGUCUCCGCCCGGCUCCUUCCACUCCGCAUGCAUUGCAAACAAGCGCAGAGCCAGGUACAUUGGGCGGCCGGAUUUGGUGCGCACGUGGGACAUCAUGUACAGCGCCGUGCACCCCAUGAUGCUGGCCUGCAUUGGUGAGUACUGCUGA